AUGGAGGCUCUGAACAUGCAGAGAGUGAUUAUUGGGAACCUUCAGAAUGAAAUAGAGUACAAGAACAACAAGAUAAUGGAGAUGGAGCAUAAACAUAGGGAGACACUUGCUGCUGUGCACAAACUCGUUAUAGGGCUUACGGAGCAUAUUAAUUCCAAAGAAAGAAGUAUGCUUGAAAUGGAAUGCAAGUACAUUGAAUUAGAUAAUCUGCAUGAGGGAUGUCACAAAGAAUUACAACAUAUGAAGGUCAUGAACUCUAAUAUGAAUCAUGACAUGGAAGGUCUAACGAAAGAGCUUGGGAAGCUUACCAAGCAAUUGGAGGAGAGUAAAGCCUUAAAUGAUCAACAGCAGAGAAACUUUAUUGAGGAGAUUCAAAAGUUGAGAUUUGAAUUACAAGAUCAGAGUCAUGUAGAGAGUGGUGGUAAUUUGAACACUCAAAUUACUGCUUUUAGAAAUGAAUUGAAGGACAAAAUGGAAGACCUGGAGCAUUUGCACAACCUUUACAGUUCCCUGAUAGUUAAAGAGCGCCAGUAUAAACAAGAACUACUUGAUGCUCGUGAAGAAUCUGUAAAUAGUUUACAAGAUAUAUGCAGAGGUCGAUCUCAACUACGAAUUAAAAGAAUGGGAGAAUUAGAUCCAAAACCUUUUCGAGAUUUGUGCUUGCAGAGGUACUCACAUGAACAAUGGCAGGAUAUAUCUGCUAAAUUAUGUUCAUCAUGGGAAGAGAAUCUGAAUAAUCCAGCUUGGCAUCCUUUCAAAAGAAUCGAGGUCAAUGGCAAUUCGCAGGAAUUAGAUGAAAAUGAUGAAAAAUUGAAAGGACUGAGGAAUGAGUAUGGUGGAGAGUUUCAUCAAAACUCACUCUCUUCAAGUGUAAGUCAUCUGAUACUAGUACCUGCCAACAAAGACCAAUAA